AAAGAAAUGGAUGCUUAGUUCGAACUCUUCAUUCAGCGGGGUCCAACCUGUACUUCCUAAUGCGAAAUGAUAGAUGAAAAGGUGCUUUUUAUGUCUAUACAGCUUGGUGCCUUGCUCAUGCUUUGACAGAUCAGGCUGCACGAAUUCCACUCAUUCACAUUUCAGUUAAACUCGUAGGGUGACUGAUCGGCUUCUUGAUUAGGUGGUCGAGGACUUUGAGCAUGGCUCAAGCACUUUGCGAGCUGCAGCUUGAGCUGCAGCGUAACUCAUCUAACUCAUCUUGCACGGAAGAUAAAGAUGGUAUUCGCAAUAUCCCCGACGGCGUGGCUUCACAUUUGGCUCCAACAACACCUGCUGCAAAGGAGGCAAAGAGAAAAGGGGGCAGAUGUAAGACUCAAACCAAUUUAAUGACCGAGUUUGCAGACGUUACGCCUGAAGCACAAGUAGCUACAAGCACGAGGAUGGAGACCGUCAAAUUGGGUAUUGGCGUCCAUGAGAAUGACCAAUUGACCUCAGGCUUAUCUUCUUCAGAUGGCUGUAGCUCACAUUGUGACCGCCAAUCUCGUCUGGCUUCUGAUGAAACUUGUGAGUCUUCUGGGGAAGCUCGCAAGCAAGGUGCAUGUCAAGAGCCUAUUUCACAAAUCGCUAUGUAGAAGAAUGCUGGUGGGAUGUGGUUGGAAACUUUCCUAUC